GGUAAGGGGGCUUUGUGCUGUGGUGUGCGCGUUUGUCUGGCUGGUUCGUCGGCUGCUGCUAUUCUCCUGGCUGAGCUUUGUAGGCGCUGGAGGAACUCGGCGCUCGCUGCACCAGAACCUCGAGAGGCGACCGCGGGGCUGGCGAAAGAGGAUCGCUCGGACCAAAUCAUGCUUUUCCCCACUAGGACUGCGCGGAGUGGAAACUAUGCAACAUGCAGCGGCUGAGAUCCAGGAUCCCCAGUAGCACCUCCCGAAGAAAGGGAGCCCGAUUGUGCUGGGGAGGAGGAGGAGGAAGAAGAAGAAGGAGAGCAUGAAGGUGGAAGGCGAUCAUUUCCACGGCCAGUGCUAGAGGGAGACAUAGAUCUGCGCGACUCGCCUUCCCGUGGCUCUGAUUUUUCAGUUUUUUUGGGGGGUGGUGGCGGUGAGUUGGGGUGAGCUGGGGGGAUCGGUGGAAGAGAGAAGAGCGCGCGGGGUGGGUGGGGAAGGAGUCUCGGAGCGAGCAGCCCCGCGGCGUGUGGCGGUGCGUUUCUGGGUCGAAGCCCGGCUGCAGCCAGCCCUGAGAGGGGUGGUCAGAUCUCCCCCUCCCCCCUUCCCCGAGGAAGGGCCAUCGCCAUGGGCAAUGCGGGGAGCAUGGACUCUCAGCAGACGGACUUCAGGGCGCACAAUAUGCCUCUCAAGCUACCGAUGCCGGAGCCCGGGGAACUGGAGGAGAGAUUCGCCGUCGUCUUGAAUGCAAUGAAUUUGCCUCCUGACAAAGCAAGAUUACUCCGGCAGUAUGACAAUGAGAAGAAAUGGGAGCUGAUCUGCGAUCAGGAAAGAUUUCAAGUCAAGAAUCCUCCACAUACAUAUAUCCAGAAAUUAAAGGGCUAUCUCGAUCCAGCUGUAACAAGGAAGAAAUUUAGGCGAAGAGUUCAAGAAUCUACACAAGUAUUACGAGAAUUAGAAAUUUCUUUAAGGACCAAUCACAUUGGCUGGGUCAGGGAGUUUUUGAAUGAAGAAAAUAAAGGCCUGGAUGUUUUGGUCGAGUAUUUGUCUUUUGCACAGUAUGCAGUCACAUUUGACUUUGAAAGUUUGGAAAACAAUAUGGAAAACUCGAUGGACAAAUCUAAACCUUGGAGCCGAUCCAUUGAAGAUCUACAUCGAGGAAGUAAUUUACCCUCUCCUGUUGGCAAUAGCAUUUCCCGCUCUGGCAGACAUUCUACUCUAAGGUAUAACACCUUACCAAGCAGAAGAACGCUGAAAAAUUCAAGAUUAGUGAGCAAAAAAGAUGACGUCCAUGUCUGCAUCAUGUGCUUGCGUGCCAUAAUGAAUUAUCAGUACGGGUUCAAUAUGGUCAUGUCGCACCCCCAUGCUGUUAAUGAAAUUGCACUAAGCCUGAACAACAAGAAUCCCAGAACAAAGGCACUGGUCUUAGAACUGUUAGCAGCCGUUUGUCUUGUAAGAGGAGGACAUGAAAUUAUUUUGUCAGCGUUUGAUAACUUUAAAGAGGUUUGUGGAGAAAAGCAGCGAUUUGAGAAGCUGAUGGAACAUUUUCGGAAUGAAGAUAACAAUAUAGAUUUUAUGGUGGCGUGCAUGCAGUUCAUCAACAUAGUGGUUCACUCAGUAGAAGACAUGAAUUUCAGAGUUCACCUUCAGUAUGAAUUUACAAAACUAGGCCUGGAUGAAUAUCUGGAUAAGCUGAAGCACACAGAGAGCGAUAAGCUGCAGGUGCAGAUUCAAGCAUAUCUGGACAACGUGUUUGACGUGGGAGCAUUGCUUGAAGAUGCUGAGACUAAGAAUGCUGCCUUGGAAAGAGUGGAAGAACUGGAAGAAAAUAUAUCUCAUUUAUCAGAAAAACUUCAGGACACAGAGAAUGAAGCCAUGGCAAAGAUUGUUGAACUGGAAAAGCAACUCAUGCAGAGAAACAAAGAACUGGAUGUGGUUCGGGAAAUUUACAAAGAUGCAAAUACACAGGUUCACACGCUGAGAAAAAUGGUCAAAGAAAAAGAGGAAGCCAUCCAGCGGCAGUCAACACUAGAGAAAAAAAUCCAAGAACUGGAGAAGCAAGGGUCUAUUAAAAUUCAGAAGAAAGGAGAUGGUGAUAUCAACAUUCUUCCUGUUGGGGUGGCUUCUGGCACAUUGUCCUCAGGGUCAGAGGCUGCCACUGGCACAUGUGCAGGAUCGGUUUCUGGCACUACCCCUUCAGUUCCAUUGCCACCUCCACCACCACCCUUGCCACCAUCAGCAACAGAAUCAGAAGCAGUGCAAAAUGGACCUGUGGCAGCACCAGCGCCUCCUCCCCCUCCACCCCCACCCCCACCGCCACCCCCACCGCCUCCUCUUCCUGGCCCAGCUGCAGAACCAGUACCAACUCCUCCAGUGCCACCCCCUCCCCCACCAUCAGCACCUCCUCUUCCAGGAACAGCUUCCCCCACAGUAGUUUUUAACUCAGGAUUAGCAGCUGUGAAAAUCAAGAAGCCAAUUAAGACAAAGUUCCGCAUGCCGGUAUUUAACUGGGUGGCUCUAAAGCCCAAUCAGAUCAAUGGAACGGUCUUCAAUGAAAUUGAUGAUGAAAGGAUCUUGGAGGAUUUAAAUGUGGAUGAAUUUGAAGAAAUAUUCAAGACGAAAGCCCAAGGUCCAGCCAUUGAUCUUUCUUCAAGCAAGCAAAUAACUCAGAAAGGAUCAAACAAAGUCACACUAUUGGAAGCAAACAGGGCUAAAAAUCUUGCUAUCACCUUGAGAAAAGCUGGGAAGACAGCUGAUGAGAUAUGCAAAGCUAUUCAGGCAUUUGAUCUGAAGACACUGCCAGUAGAUUUUGUUGAAUGCCUGAUGAGAUUCUUGCCCACUGAAAACGAAGUGAAAAUGUUGCGGCUCUACGAGCGGGAGAGGAAACCCCUUGAGAACCUGUCAGAUGAAGAUCGGUUCAUGAUGCAGUUCAGUAAGAUUGAGAGGCUGAUGCAGAAAAUGACCAUCAUGGCAUUCAUUGGCAACUUUGCAGAAAGCAUCCAGAUGCUGACUCCACAACUUCAUGCAAUAAUUGCAGCAUCUGUCUCAAUCAAAUCAUCCCAAAAGCUCAAGAAAAUACUCGAGAUAAUCUUGGCUCUUGGUAACUAUAUGAAUAGCAGUAAAAGGGGAGCUGUUUAUGGAUUUAAGCUACAAAGUUUAGAUCUGCUGUUGGACACAAAAUCAACAGACAGAAAACAAACCCUAUUGCACUAUAUAUCAAAUGUUGUGAGGGAGAAGUAUCAGCAAGUAUCACUUUUUUACAAUGAACUUCACUAUGUAGAGAAAGCUGCUGCAGUUUCCCUUGAAAAUGUUCUAUUGGAUGUAAAGGAACUCCAAAGAGGCCUGGACCUAACAAAGCGAGAGUAUACCAUGCAUGACCAUAACACCAUGUUAAAGGAAUUCAUUCAGAACAAUGAAGGAAAACUAAAGAAGUUACAGGAUGAUGCAAAAAUCGCCCAGGAUGCCUUUGAUGAUGCUGUGAAAUACUUUGGAGAGAAUCCCAAGACAACACCUCCCUCCGUCUUCUUCCCAGUCUUUGUCCGAUUUGUGAAAGCUUACAAACAAGCAGAAGAGGAGAAUGAAUUAAGAAAAAAGCAGGAGCAGGCACUCAUGGAAAAACUUCUUGAGCAGGAAGCACUGAUGGAGCAACAAGACCAAAAGUCUCCGUCCCAUAAAACAAAGAGACAGCAGCAAGAGCUGAUUGCAGAGCUAAGACGGCGACAAGUCAAGGACAGUAGGCAUGUGUACGAGGGGAAAGAUGGCGCUAUUGAAGAUAUCAUCACAGUGCUGAAGACGGUGCCCUUUACCGCUCGAACGGCCAAGCGUGGCUCUCGGUUUUUCUGCGAACCUGUCCUCACAGAGGAAUUCCAUUACUAAACUAUUCCUCUUUCACACCCGAUGCUCUUAAAAAAAGAUCUUAGAAACCAGCCCUACAGACGAGCCGAUGCGGUGAGGCGAAGUGUGAGGCGGCGUUUCGAUGAUCAGAAUUUGCGCUCUCUCAAUGGUGCCGAAAUAACCAUGUGAGCUGGAUUGGAGAAAAACCUGCAUGUGUAAAAUAGAAAGUGUGCUUAAUUGAUGCCUUGCCAUGUGGACUCUAUUUGCGCUACCAUUUUAAUUACGGCCUUGAUCACAGCACGUUAACUUAUCUUCUGGAGGGCUCAGUAAGGACAGAAGAUGCAUAGGGAUGGAGAGAGGGAGAGAGAGAGAGAGAGAGAAAAGAUGGGCUCCACUCAAACUGUAGCUACCAAGUGCCUAAAUUUCAAGUACCUGCUCAAAUUAAUCAAAGCAAUAGGACUUUAUUUGAUUGGGUAUCUUUUUACACCAAUAAAUUUGUUCACUCUUUUUAACCAAAAUGUAAAAUACAUGUUGUAUGUGUUGUUGUUGUUAACAACAUACAAUUUAAGGAAUGGCCAUCAGUACGCCUUCUGGAUUUCAUGACUGGUUGUAAAUAGGUAAUAUUUGGAUGUGAUCUGCUGUGUGCUUCCCCUCCCCCGCCCCCAAUGAUUUUCAGUACAUUCCUGGACAAGUCUGAGUUACGAGCUCUGAGCUUCAGCUGCACUUAUUGAUAUAUGCAUAUGUAGAUAUAUGCAUACAUACGGAAUUCUCACAAAUAAAGGUGAUGGUGGGGUGGGGGGGACACAAUAAAGUAAAUUGUAGCCUUUCAGCAUUUUGUUUAUCUCAAGGCUGUGGGAAACAUCUGUGAAACAAAGGUUGAGGUGGAUCUGAGUCCAGUUUACAAAUGGUUAACAUUAACUGGGAUAACACAGACUUGGAUUGUGUGAUUUCUGUUGUAUAUAGACUUGGAAACACGAGGCUUAUAUUGAAUACACACCUGGCAGCUUUCACAUUCUACCUGUUCUAUACCAGCGGGUAAUGAAGCAAAAAGUUCAUGAGGUAAAAGUGAAGAGUCUGAACACGUUGCAAACACAGAAGAAGAAAGAAUGAUAUAUGGGACUCCAUUACUGUGUUCUUCAGGUAGAGGCAGCUUUUGGGUAACAAUGUUAUUUAUUAAUUCGCACUAAGAUAUUAACUUCUCAACAAUCAGUAUUAGAAUUCCUGACCACAAGCGUACUGUUGUCAGAACAUUGGAAAUCUGGUGCCCUGCUAAGAAAAUUAGGAUCCCUUCUGUCAGCAACUUUAUAUCUCCAUUCUGGACAAAUGCACAUUCAAUAGGCGACCCAGCUAUAGAAACAGGCGCGUUUGAAUGAAAUUCAAAAACCACUUCUCUGCUCUUUAUUCCUUUCAAUGGGCUGUGCAUUCCCAUCAUUUGGAUGUAAAAUGAGACGUGCACAUAGGUCUGUAUCCCUUGAAAAUAAUACUGUGCAGAUAAAAAUGUCCUUAUUUGGGGGCGGGUUGUGGGGAGGUCCAGUUGACACAUGUGGAUUGGGGUGUUUGGAUAUUAAACUUUGAAGCAGGUAGAACACCUAAAAUGGGUUUAGUGUAAAGAGUGGCCAUUGCAAAUCCAUCUGUUGUUCUAGACAGGGCAUGUGGUUUACUCCAAUGUCAAAAACUGGACUGAAACAUAAGGGAUAUCUUGCUUAUAACUUACCUUUCCUGGUAGCACUGCAUCACUCUGUUAAUUGUAAAAUAUAUUGUAUAGUAUUUAACCACUGAAUUCUUUUCUUUUUAUGUUGUGCUUAUGUGAACCACUGGUAAAAGGUCCCAUAUUCCUUUGAUAAUGUGUAGUUAUAUGAUAAUCUGUUUUUAAAUGUACAGAUAUUUUGCUACAAAAUUGGUGCUUUUUUAUGGUUUUUACACUUCUCUUUAAUUCCCACUCUAGCCUUGGGGUAAUAUUGUAAAUAUUGUUUAAAAAUGCAUCAGCCUGUGCUAUACAAUCUGAAUGUUAUUUUAACUUAUAGUUUUGUUUUGUUUUAUAUUUAACUAAAUGGACAGUUUGGGGCUCAAAGGUUAUUUACAUUUGCUCACCUAUUUACAGAAAGCUUAUUUUAAACAACUGCCACCCACUCUCUCGACAGCAAUGUGUACUUGACAUGCUGAAGGGAAUAUGCCAAGAUUGCACCUUUUUCUUCGCUGAAAGAUGAAUGUUGAUUUGAAUAAAAUAAAAUUUGGAAAGAUAUCUUAAGGACUCCUAAAUAGCUACAAGAGCAUUCCAAAGUAUGAAAAACUUUUAAUAUGAACAAGUGGGCUGUAAUAUUGGCAUGUUCUCUUAGAUAUUUUAUCUAGUAAUAGAUCUGCUUCUUAGCAAUAUGAUAGGUGUUUUAUAAAAGCAGUUCAUGUUACUUUUCUGAUCUGUUCAUGGCAUAUGAUUGAAUAAACUAUUUACACUA